AUGACUUCAGCGGAAUCCUCUAAUGCAGCCACAAGUUCGGGUAUGUCAACAGGACUGGUAUCCAGCUCUGAGAUGACUCUGAUUCCAAGUAUUACCUCUAAUACACUGUCAACGAAUCAGGCAUCCACAGGUUUGAUUGAAACUUCCGGAACGGGAGCUUCAUUUAAGACUACACUUUUCCCCAGUUCUUUGGUGUCUGAUACAGAUAUAUCUAUUCAAACCCCUUUCAACCCAACAGGAUCGCUAAACUCUCAAACUCUUCAACCUCGGAGCUCUACAGUGGAACUAAAUUCAGACCUUCAAUCUCCACUAUUUUCUAGUAGUACAUCUGACGUUGUAGCAACGUUAGAAUCUUCCAUGUCAGAGUCACCAACACAUUCGGCAACAAACGAAGUCGCUUCAGUAGCUGUAGUGACUCCUCAAACAUCAAGUUCGUAUGAUCCAUCGGGAACGGGAUCGUCUCUUCAACCUACAUUUGUCAUAAAUACUGCAUCAGACGUAUCUACAACUACGCCAACAGGCUCAGGCUUUGGUGGAACAUUAGUGAUAGGAUCGACCCCUGGCGGCACAUAUUCCUCUAACACUGUAUCUCACACUGGAUUAAUUGCUACAACGACCGUGUAUUCCAUGGAACCCACGGAAACUGAAUCAUCCCCUCAGAGUGUACUUUCUACAAGUACUACAGUACUGGGAUCGAUCCUUAAAAACGCCACACUUUCCUCUUACACUGCAUCUCACAUCGUAACAAUGGCACAGACGACCGUAAGUUUCAUGGAACCAUUGGGAACCGGAUCGUCACCUCAUGGUACACUUUUUACAGGUUCUACAUCUGGUAUAUCAGAAACUGCACAGACUUCCUUCAGUUCGGGUGAAACAUCCUUAGCGGGAUCAGCCGUGGCUGUUAAUACUUUAUCCGACGAAGCAUCAUCUGUACGGGACACCUCAAGUUGGGAUGAACCAUCGGCAACUGGGUCGAUGAUUCAAGCUUCGUCGUUUAUUACCAUGACCUCUGACGAAGCAUCAUCUGCACAGAACACCUUGAGUUGGAAUGAACCAACGGCAACAUGGUCGUCGCUUCAAACUUCAUCGUUCAAUACCAUGGCCUCUCACGUAGCACCGACACAACCAACGACCUUGGCUUUCAUUGAAUCACCCGAGUCGGGCUCGGCCUCUGGAACCACAACCCUUACUAGCAGUACAUCUCACUGGGUCACAACUGCUCAGGCAACCUUUAGCCUAAGUGAAUUAUCGAGUAUGGUUUCAAUCCCUACCACGGCACUCUUUACCAGCGCUGCCGCUGACAUAGAAACAACCGAACAAAUAAAUGUCAGCUCCGUCGCCUUACCAACAACUGGUGGCUCACAAGAAACAAAUACCGGAGGAGGUUCACCGUCACCGGUAACUGAUCCAGAGAAUCCGGCACCGGUAACUGAUCCAGAGACUCCGGCUCCUAUUGCACCGGCACCGGUAGUUGUUGUGGUAGAGGUACCGGCACCAGCACCGGUAGUGGUGGUGGUAGAGGUACCGGCACCUGCACCGGCACCAGCACCGGCACCGGCACCAGCACCUGUACCAGCACCGGUAACGCCAACGUUACAGGAACCGCCUACUCAAAGACAACCAGAUACAACGGAAUUAACAGACGUAACCCAAGCAACAGAAGAUGAAACUGCAUCAUUGACGGACACCACACUGACUCUUAUCUUCGCCAGUGCUGCACUUCUCCUCAUGGCCGUCAUUGUGAUCACGGUCAUCUGUGUCAUGCGUUAUAACACGGUGAACGCCAACGCGCACCGCGAGGAGACUAUGCGCAUGGUUCUUCAACCUCAACGCUGGUGGCGCAGUAACAUCAACAUCCGGCCAACCAACCAGGUGCACAUUGGUGCCCCGGAUGACUCUCGAGAUGAUGAUUUGCUUGACUAUGGUUUUAAGGGUAAAAUACAAAGACCAGCAGCAUUCGCACCCAUAGCCGAUGCAUGGUUGUAA